GAAACGCCGUUGCAGUUCGUAUGAGCAAAUGAAAAACCGACAAAAAAAGUGCAUAUACUGAUGAGAAGCCUUUUAAAAAGUCGGUCGUGGACCAAUAAACCUCCAGACUUUUUUUUCCAUGGAAUUAUUGGUCCUUUUCUUCCACUUCUUGGCCUUAUCUCCAACUCCUCCACCAUGGAUUCCACUCACUACUCCGACAGAUUCCUCAGAGAUGAUCAAACGGCGUCGCAGCCGCUUCGCUACACAAUCUGUAAACAAGCAGACAUGAGCCAACGCCAACUCCGUGAUAUUACAGAGAUCUGCUCAACACUCUUCGUGUCAAGAGCGGCGGCGAUCAUCUUACUCCGCCGCUGUGAUUGGAACGCAAGUAAGUUGUUUGACAAGUGGUUUGAGGAAGAAGACGAGGCUCGGAAAAGAUUGGGACCAAAACAAGCCCACUUGUUCGAACCUUGUCUUCUGAUAUUGGUUUGUUACUUGUGUUUUUGAAACAUUUGUGGAUGGUGACACGGUAGUGGAAGUGGUGAUAACGAUUCUAAAUUAUAACUUAAAUUUUUCGAGUUAAAAAUUUUGGAUUUUAAUCCACGGAUUGGAGAUGGUCGUGAACGUUUCGUACAAGCAAAUGAAAACUGAAAGGUGCAUAUACUGAUGAAAAACUUUUUAAUAAUUCGGUCGUCAGUGGCAAUUCAACCAGAAAGUUCACCGCACCAACCUCCAAACUCUCUUUUUCCAUGGAAUUAUUGGCCCUUUUCUUCCACUCUUCUCUAACUUCUAUCGACUAUGCAAACUUUUGCAAAAAUCAGAGCUCAACUUUUCUUUAUUUUAUUUUAUUUUAUUAAAAAGGAGACCUGGUGGCUUCGUCACACCACUUCACAUUUUUUACGGUAAGAAAGAUUCACAAAUGCAUUUCAAUUUCUCAUGAUCAUAAGCGUCAGAAAUCGAACCUAGACGUGCAGUCUUGAAUAUGGAUCUAAAAUUCAUCUCUAAUCACUGGUCGUUCCUGGACGGUUCUCUCCAACUUGGUUAUGGGCCUGUUGGUGGGGCAAAACUUCAAAACGGCAUAAAGAAUCACAAUACCACUGAUAAAGCUUCAAAGUCAUUUUUAAUUGUGACGGGAAUACAAUUGGUAUAUCACGUAUUUUGAUAGAAGUGGUGAAAAAUUUUAUUUUUUAAGUUAUUAACUUUUUAGCACAUAUAUUUUACCAUUUGUAUAAUACCACCCGUGUACCGGUAAAAAAUCUCUUCAAUUCCACAUAGAAGAGUAGACACAGAGCAACUCUCCGUCGCUAUAAAUACCUAAUCAGGCAACAGUGCCUCCUCCUCCUUCAUCCACCGUCCAUCCCAUCUUAUCUCGGGAUUACAUCGACUGCGGUGACUCCGUAGAGAGCUAAUCGUUCCGAAAGAAACGCUCUACUUGCCGAAAUCAUCGCUAUCAGCGAAAGACUAAAACGGAAGGAAUCAAAUAAAAGAAUCUCUAGGGUUUCUGUAUUCCAUGGACAAGAAACGCAACCUGAACGGAGACAACUACAUCGUCAUAAGCAGCGAUGAAGAAUCGGAUCGAUCAGAAUGUUUUGAAGAAGAAGACGACGCAGUGGAUGAUGAGUUUGCUUUUGUCCAAGAAGACAACAUCGACAACACCGAUCACUACGAGUUCAGCGAAAAUACUGAUUCGUCUCAUGAUCCAAAUCAAAACUACGCCAUUUUGAAAGAGGAAGAGAUUCGCCAACUGCAGGAGGAAGAUAUCACAACAGUUUCUACUAUCCUUUCCAUACCGAAAUCCGCUGCAUGCUUCCUCCUCUCACACUUCAACUGGAGCGUCGGCAAAGUCAGCGAGGAGUGGUUCGCCGACGAAGAUAGAGUCAGAGAGAAGGUAGGGUUGUUGAGGAACCCCGUGGUUAGUUUCCAUCCCACAGAUUUGAUUACUUGCAGAAUAUGUUUUGAUGAUCAUCAGUAUGGAUCGAAGGAUGUUUUUUUCGCUGUUUGCGGUCAUCCCUUUUGUCGGGAUUGCUGGACAGGUUAUUUUAAAUCAGCGAUAGAUGAGGGUCCGACGUGUUUGAUGCUGAGAUGUCCCGAACCGUCUUGCAAGGCAGCGGUUGGACCGGAUUUAAUCGAGGGUUUGACGACAGGAGAUCAUGAGAGGUAUAAGUCCUUCCUUUUGAGAUCUUACGUUGAAGGGCGCAGGGAGAUCAAGUGGUGCCCUGCACCGGAUUGCAAGUACGCUGUGAAAUUCAAUGCAGGUGGAACCAAAAGCUAUGACGUUUCGUGCCUUUGCUUGUACGGGUUUUGCUGGAAUUGCAGUGAGGAAAUUCACCGUCCCGUGAACUGCAAGACUGUGGAAAAUUGGAUUUUGAAGAACAAGGACGACUCGCUGAAUGCGCAGUGGAUACUUGGGAAUACCAAGCCUUGCCCCAAGUGCAAGAAACCAAUCGAGAAGAACCAAGGGUGUAAUCAUAUGACUUGCUUAAACCCUUGCAGGUAUGAAUUUUGCUGGUAUUGCCUCGAGAAGUAUACUGGACAUAGAUGCUGCAAUGGAUAUAAUAGGGCAACUGGUGAAUAUACUGGAACUGACACGGACAAGGUUGAAGCUGGGAGGGAUAAAAAGAGGGCAAAGAGAUACGUGGAGAAAUACCUACAUUAUUAUGAACGAUGGGCAAACAAUCUAUCUUCGAAGAAGAAAGCAAUAGAGGAUUUACAUAAUGUGCAGAGCACGGACAUUAUGAAGCUUGCCGCCAUACAAUGUCAAUCGGAGCUUCAGCUCAAGUUUAUUGUAGAGGCGUGGCAGCAGAUCAUUGAAUGUAGGCAGGUAUUGCGAUGGACGUAUGCAUACGGGUACUACAUUCCCGAGAAUGAAGAACUGAAGAUUCAGCUAUUCGAGCACUUGCAAGGCCACGCGGAGUUCAGCCUGGAGAGGCUUCACAAAUGUGCUGAGAGUGAGAUGAAAGAGUUUCUCUUUGCUAAAGGUCCGUUGGAAAGUUUCCAGGACUUUCGUAUAAAGCUCGUAAGACUGACAAAGGUGACUGCAAGUUAUUUUGAGAAGCUGGUUAGAGCGUUGGAGAAUGAUCUUUCUGAAUUGGACAUACAGGGGAUUCACAGGUCUUGAUCUUGUUACCAGUGUGCCAAUUCUGAAUGCUUGUUCUCCAAUGUAACCUGGAAGCUGGAGAGGUGUGUCUGACUCCUGAGAAGGCGUUAACUAGCUCUCUGUUUUCCUCCCCCAUUUAUUUAUGAUCUAAUGGACUACAAUUUAGUGGAUUUAUUAUGAGAUAGGUAACUUGUUUAGGAAGUUUCAUUUCGUUUCUUGUUCGGUAUGAAACCUUUUGUGUAGUAUAUUUUUUCUAAUCAAAUUCUGUUUGCCAUUGAUAAA